CCCCAGAGCACAAACCCGAUCCUUGACCCAGAUGUACUGCCGCUUUAAGAAGCUCCAUACCACCACUGUUCUCCCUUUUCCCACCAGCGAGUUUUUUUUUUCUCACUAUGGCGAAGGAAUAAACAAGCGGAGUAGAAUGGGCGGCGGUGACCAUGAACGCAUCCCCCCGUGACUAACAGCACCUCGUAACAGUCCGCGUCUCAGCCGCGCGUGCUCUGGUAUUUUGGCGAGCAGCUAGCUCACAGAUGCGGUCAUCAGGACGGCGAUGAGAGGAGAGAGAACUGUUUUCCUGCGGACACUGAACGCCUCAGCCGGGGAAGAAGCCGGCGGCCGGGCUGGCUGUCGCCGCGGAUGUUUCUGCUCGAUUUAACGGCGACAUCCAAAAUGAACUAAAAGGACCACAGCCUCGCGACUCUUCGCUCACUAACACUUUAAAAAGACACAAACUUUGUGGGGUUUACCUCGCCUCUUUCCUGGUUUAUUUAGUCCCUAAAAACGCGGUCAAAGAUGUUGACGGGAUCAAAAACCACGUUCAAAGUCAGACAAAUGCUGCCGGACAUCAAGGAGAGGAUGCUGAGUCAGAGCGGCGUCACGGCGCGGAGUCGGGACAUGUUUGGGCUUCGCUGUCUGCCAGGCGAGUGCGUGCUGCAGCGAGCGCUCAUGGUGAGGAAGAAGCUGACGGCCAGAGAAGGACGGGGCUGGAUGUCGGGGACGCUCUUCUGCACUCACUUCAGAGUGGCCUUCGUUCCUCAGGACGCCCCCAAACCUGACGACAACACAGAUCCAGUUCUUCUGGGAGAUCACGAUGUGGCGUUGGCGUCCAUAGAGAAGGUCGUCGUUGUGGGUCCAAACAGAACCAAACUGGUGAGUCCAAACUCCUCGCUCAAGUUCACUCCGGAGGAGCUGCUGCUCUACUGCAGGGACAUGCGGGUCAUCUGCUUCCUGUUCGACCGCCUCACUCCAGACGCCCAGGUGUUGGAGAUAACCUACACCAUCGCCAAGACCUACCAGCCCCUCAAACCCGGAUCAGUUUUAUCAUUCCAGAACGCCGCGCUUGGAAGUGUGGAAAUGAAGCAGUUUCUAAGCAACCGGCGCCGAGACGCCCACAUGAACUGGUUCGAAUCGGCCUCAGACUGGGAGCAGGAGCUGGAGCGGUGCGGCGCCACCACCUGGAGAGUCAGCUCCGUCAACGACCGCUUUGAAAUGUCCACCAGUCUGUCCAGGUUCAUCGUGGUUCCUCAGAAGGUUCUGGACACGGAGCUGAAGAAGAGCUUCGCUCAUUUCAACGAAGGACGGAUUCCUCGCUGGUGCUGGCGCCAUCCCAGAGGCAGCGACCUGCUGCGCAUGUCCAGCUUCCAGAACAACAUCUACCACGAGAAGGACGACAUCAGGAACCUGGAGAUGGUUCUGUUCGGCUGCCAGUCCUCGCUCUGCGUGGUGGUGGAGCUGGGCGACGAGCUGCCGUCCCCCGCCGACAUCCAGCUGGCGCACAGCCGCAUGCGGACCCUCUGUCUGGGAGACCUUUCCACAUCUGUGUCGGUCCCGGAUGACAAGUGGUUAUCUACGCUGGAGAGCACCCACUGGUUGGACCACAUCAGGCUCUGUCUGAGGAAAGCUUCGGAGGUGGCCUGUCUGCUUCGCAGCGGUCACCUGACUGUGGCCCUGCAAGAACCUGAGGACCGGGACAUGGGCUGCGUGGUGUCCAGCCUGGUUCAGGUGAUGAGCGACCCGCACUACCGGAGCCAGCACGGCUUUCAGAGCCUGGUGCAGAAGGAGUGGGUGAUGGCGGGACACCGCUUCUACAGCCGCAACAACUACCACCGCGACAACGACAAGGAGGAGGCUCCCGUCUUCCUGCUCUUCCUGGACUGCGUCUGGCAGCUGUGGUUCCAGUUCCCGUCCCGCUUCCAGCUGACCGCUGACUUCCUGCUGGCUCUGCACGACAGCAUCCACCUGCCGCUCUUCUCCACCUUCUUGGCCAACUGUCAGCGCGAGAGAUGCAAGCGAUCGCAGAAUCUGGGUCAGUCCUACACGCCCGUCAACGGCUGGAGGGACGCGCUGCAGCCGGACUCAUCCUCAGACCCGUCCGACCCCCCUCUGCCUCCGGUGUGGGACUGGGCCCUGCAGUACGGCGCCGAGCGACGAGCCUGUUUCACCCAGCCGGUGCCCCCCACCCCGCCACUGCAGCCGCUGCUCAACGGAAACCUCAACACCAAACCGGACGCUCACAGGCCGGCUGACUCCGCCCCCGGCUCGGUGUUCCUGCUCUCCCGGGGCUCCUUCACCUGUCCUGCAAACCUGCCUCCAUGGCGCAGCAGCGCUUCAGGCGUUUACAAGAAGAGCCACCGGAGGGCGCCGUCCACAGAGAACGUGCCCGGCCUGGAGAGGCUGCUGAAGGCGUGGAGCCUGACCGCCACGUUUGGACCUCAGGGACCCGCCGACGCCUACGAGCCCUUACUGCCCCUCCUCCUGGGGCCCUGCAUGGGCCUGUGGAGGGAGUGCUACCUCCGGGGGGCGCUCCACGCUCAGGCCUUCUCCCAUCCCGUCUCCUCCAACCACCUCCACCCCGUGGAGCGUCUGGCUCAGGAGGUGCAGCAGCUCAAGGAUAAGCUCGCCCAGUUGUCCCCCGGUACGGAUCUGGACCCCCCCACAGUGACGCCCGAACCGCGGCGCACCGACGCCAACCUGAACCAGAACACCAACAACGCCACCUUCCUCUUCUCCGCCUCCAAGCCCCGGUCGGUGGGCAGAGCAGCGCCUCCACCCACGUCCGUCUCCAGGGCCCCGCCCCCCAGCUCCACCCCGGCGCCCAGGCCUGGCGGGAAAGACUUGGGGGGCAGUAACAAGCACACCUUUCUGUUCGGACACUCCUCAGACGGUCGCAGCGACUCUCGGUACCACCCCCUCCCAAACGCCAAGCUGCCCAAGAGCAACGGCUCGUCGCUGGCCUCCUGAACCCGCCCCCCACCGCCGUGUUUUCCACCAGGUUCCAGAUGUAAUCAGUGAUGAGUUCAAGAACCGCCUGUUCUGCUGAAAAACUGAGCGCUGGGUUUGCUCCCUGAACCAAAGGGAGGGACUGGGAACGCGUCCGUUUAUCUAGAAACGCCUUCAAGAAGAGCGAGGGAGCGCUAUUUUUACCCCUCUUAUCCACAGAGGACAGAUAAAGACGGAACCAGGAGCCGGCCCAAGCAGCGGGCCGCCGGGGCUGCUGGGAAUUCCACUUGGAAUUUAGGACACGGGAGCUAUUCUAGUGCAGAACCUCCACCUCAGUGUUAUUUCCUGGUUCUGGAUUGGGCUGCGGUCCACUCAGAACAUCUGUUUUUUACUCCUCAGUUCUGUUAUUGAAUCCUGAAGACUGUUCACAGAAGAGGGAGGCGGAGCUUCAAACGGGUUGAGUGUUAAGUAGAUGCAGAGGCUUCGGUUCCACUUCCUGCUGCUCGCUCACCCGCCAGGGCGGCGAUCCUCAUCCACAUGCACGCUCACGGCGGGAUGCCAACGCUUUAGUUCGUCUUCCAUGGACAAGAACAUGUUUCCUCUGCUUUCGUUGGGUUUCUCCUCGCUCGUCAGGAUUAUUUAAAUAUUUUGGUAUGAACAUCAAAUGUUUGUUUUUUACAGCCUUCAUGCUUUGAUCUGCAUAUUUCUGCUCUUUAUAUCAUGAGUUUCUCUGAAUAAAACCACGUCACUCACA